UGGAAUGCUUUUAGUACUAGUACUGUUUUAAAUAAGUUUAAUGAUUCCAAAACUUAUUUUGACAACAUUUGCAAUCCUACAAAAGAAAAUAAACAACCAAUAUUAUCCAGUCUCAUGUUUCGAGAAAUUACCGAAAAUUUCGAUGGAUCUAAUAGUAGAAAAUUAGCAGUACAAGACCAAAGUGUUACCAUAAUAAGAGUUGUUGAUAAAUUUAUUGGCUUUUAUAAACAAGAAGACUUUGGUGUCGUUAAAAUAUUUACUGAACAUCCUACUGUAUUGAAUACAGCUGUUCUCAUAAACGUACUUCAAGGAUUUAAUGAGUUAGUAAAUACAGGUGUUAAAAAGGUCGUUCUUGAUUUAUCUGACAAUACUGGUGGACUAUACUUUGUCGUCCUAUUUAUCAAUUUACUCUUAUUUCCUAACACUUAUCCUACCUUUGUCUUUGAUCUGAGAAUUACUGAACAAAUGAGACUUGCAGUUACUGAACAAUUUCGACUUGCAACAUCAAAUAAUAUUUUCGACAUAAAAAGAUUUGUUAAUGCAAAUACUCAUGCCAAUUUUACAAGUGCUGAUGACUUCUUUGGCAAUAAUGUUCAUACACGUGGUGGUGUU